AUGAAAGGACAUUAUGAAACUUUUCAAAUUUUACAUGGCUUACAGAAUGGCUAUUUUGAUCUUUCGGCCACUACAAGCAAUAGCUUUGAUAUUAGCUCUAUAAAAAAUGUCGAUAUAGAUUCAAAAUUUGAAGCUAUCUUCGGUACUUUUCAAGCUUCUUUUGUCGAUUAUCUAAGCCAACUUGAAGAUGUAGAAUAUAUUGAGCCAAACCAUAUUUAUAGGGCACCUGUUUUACCUGCGCUUGUUGAUCCCAAGCCAUAUGUUCCUAGUUCUAUGAAGCCGAUUAAUAAUGAGCAACAUCAAAAACGUAAUCUAAUAACACAAUUUAAUGUACCUAGCUGGGGGCUUGCACGUGUUAGUCAUCGUGACAACGAUGAUUUAGCGUCCUAUACUUAUGAAGACUCAUUUGGUCAUGAUAUUCAUGUAUAUAUUUUUGACUCUGGAAUAGAGCCUACACAUCCUGAUUUCGGCGGACGUGCCAUUAUGGAAGCUAAUUUUAUCGAAUAUGAAGGAGACACAGACCUUGCUGGACAUGGCACUCAUGUAGCUGGUACAAUUGGAGGCAAUACAUUUGGUAUAGCUAAAAAUGUUAUUUUACACGGUGUCAAGAUACUUGAUGCCACUGGUGAAGGAAGAAGCUCGUCUCUUUUACAGGCUAUUUCCUAUGUCAUUAAAAAAGCUGAACGCGGUCGCAGUCUCAUCAAUCUUUCCUUGACAGGUCCUCCUUCACAGGUUAUUGAUGAUGCCCUCUCAAUGAUUGUUAAGCAGCAUGGGAUCCCUGUCUUUGUAUCUGCCGGUAAUACAGGAAAUGAUGCCUGUCAGUAUUCACCUUCAGCAAAUCCAGAUGUCUUUGUAGUAGGUGCAUCGGAUAUUGAUGAUACAAUUCCUAGUUUCUCAUCUUUUGGUGACUGUGUUCGUAUUUAUGCACCUGGGACAAAUAUUACGAGCAGUUGGUUAGGAGGUCAAAGUCGAUCAAUGCAAGGAACUAGUAUGGCUAAUCCUCAUGUAACUGGUAUUGCUGCCAUCUUGAUGAGUCAAUACAAAUUCUCUAAACCAAGUGAGCUUUAUGAAGCUAUCAAAUCCUCUGCUACUCAAAAGAUUCUUAAGCAAUCUUCUCAUGAAGAUAAUAGUCUAAAAUUGUUAGCUUAUUAUGGACAUUAA